UAAAGAGGUAGCCGUUGUAUGCGCAACGUUACACAAGUAUCACGCGCAAACCUGGACACAACUUUUUCGCCGACAGAACAUUACGAUCAGUGAGUGGUGAAACACGGCGGUUUAGAAUAAAUACAAUUUCGUUCCGUAUACAGUAGUAUAUUCCGGUGUCGUGUUUUUAUUUUUAAACCAACGUCUUACACACUACCAUAGCCAGAAUGAAAACCGUAAUCUUGGGACUAUGCUUGUUCGGAGCUCUUUUCUGGAGUACCCAAUCCAUGCCUGUUGGUGAAGUAGCACCCGCAGUUCCAACUGAAGCAGUACCUCAAAAACCAGUAGAAGCUAAACCAGAAACUAAUGCUGCUUCACCUGUGAGCGAUGCUAAGCCCGAAAGUGAUGCGAAACCUGCAGAUGCUGAAGUCAAGCCUACUGUCAGCGAAGUUAAGGCUGAAAGCGAGCCAAAACCUUCAGUGGAAUCAAAACCUGAAAGCGAUGCAAAGCCUGCUGUGGCCAGCGAGUCAAAACCAGAAAGCGAUGUUAAAUCAGCAGCUGUUGUUGAAUCUAAACCAGAAAAUGAUGCGGUUGCACCAGCCAAUAAUAAUGAUGUUAAACCAGAAAGUGUUGCAGCACCAGAAAGCGCCGCAGCACCAGAAAGUGAAAAAAAACCAGUAACUGACGCAAAAGCUGAAACAGAAUUGAUCGCUGAAGCUAAACCAGAAUCCAAACCCGCCAGUGACUUAAAAGCUGAGCCAGAAGCAGCUAAGCCCAAUAGUGAAGUACCUGUAGCUCUACCACUCAACCCAACAGAAACACAAGACGCUAAAGCCACCCCCCAACAAUCUAUCGAAACCAAUCAAGUUGAACAAGCUACACCUGCAGCUGCACAAGCUGACCCAGCUGCUGCUCCUGCUGCUGCUCCAGCUGCCGCUCCCGUUGCUGCUGAAGAAGUCAAACCAUCUGAAUCCGUACCGGCAACUGAAAACAAAGCUGCUGAAGAACCAUCCAAACCAGCUGAGCCACAAGCCGCCAAACCAGUGGAAGAUGCUGUACCAGCUGCCAGUGAAAUAUCUGAGACCAAGGUAUCGCCCGCAGUACCUGAAGUACCUGCAGCACCUGCAGUUGCUGAUCCAGUAGCUGUACCUGAAGCUGAAAAGAACGCUGAACCCGCCAAAGAAGCAAAUUCCGCAGAACCAGCUGUUCAAUCAGAAGCUAAACCUGCCGAAGAUAACAAAAAAUCAGCCGCAGUGGUAUCUGCAGAAAACCCAAAACCAGCUGAAGAACAAAAACCUGCCGAAGCAGCAAAACCAGCCGAACAACCAAAAUCUGAAGUUCCAGCUGAAGCACCAAAACCGACAGAACAAAGUGCGGCGGAAGAGCCAAAAAAACCAGAAUCUGCCAAUGAUGAAAAGAAGGAACAGCACUCCGUAAACAAACGGGACGCUACCAAAGAUAAGAAACCCACCGACUCAAUUAUGAAGAAACAAAAACAAAAGAAAGCCAACUAGGUAAUCAAAAAUGACAAGACUGAAUAGCAAUAUAAACGAACCAACUACUGAAAGGACCAGAAUAACGUCCGGAACAAAUAAACAACAAUAUUUGUCAUACAAAUUUAAUAUAAAAAAAUAUCAUGUACGUCUAUAGUGCCAUUCCCCCCCAAAAAAAAAUCAUGAACCGAUGAAGUUCGUUUCUAAUUAGACUUAAUUUAAAAAUUUUUUAUAUAUAUAAAUCAUAACAAUUUUUCACAAUGGAAACAAUUUGUAGUGAAAUUAAUUGCUAUUUAUUCAGUCAUUCUUCUGUGUGAUAUCAAUUUAUAAAUAAUUUAUUUAUAGGCAACUUAUUUAUAAUAAUUUAAAUGAACAAAAACAUAAAUACUAUGUUAGUUUUAAGUUUCUAUUUAGCUAUUAGGUUGUUAAAUGAUAGUAUUUAACUAUUUACACAUUAUGUACCUAAUUUAUUAUACAAUGACAAAUUGUCAUAUAUCAACAAUAGAAAAUUAUAUGCGAUUUCUUAAAA